UUUAUGGGUAUGAAAAGGAGAAAACAUACUUCAACCAGAAUUACUGGUGUAGAAGAAAAAAUACAUAAAAAUGAUAAUAAUAAUUCAAUACAAAAUUCAAAUAAUCAACAAAAUAAAUUAUUUGGAAAGGAACAAUAUUUACCUGAAAAAUCUAAUAUUAAAUUUGAAGAUGUGGGUGGGUGUGAGGCACAAUUUUUGGAAGCAAUUUAUAUGUUGAUGCAUUUAAAACAGCCUGAACUCUGUACAAAUUUAGGGGUUAAUCCUCCAAAAGGAUUACUUUUACAUGGACCUCCUGGAUGUGGAAAAUCUUUAUUUGCACGUGCAAUUUCUGGAGAACUUCAAAUUCCAAUUUUGUCCAUUUCUUCAACAGAAAUAAUUGCUGGAAUUUCUGGUGAUAGUGAACGUCGAAUAAGACAAUUAUUUGUUGAUGCUGAAGCUAGAAAUACCCAAACUUUAAUUUUAAUUGAAGAUAUUGAUGUAAUUGCAGCAAAAAGAGAAAAUGCUCAACGUGAAAUGGAAAGAAGAAUUGUGACACAAUUAAUUGCUUCUUUGGAUGGUUUGAAUUAUUUUUUAUUUUCUAAAAAAAUAAUUAAAGAUCUCAAUUCUUCUACUCUUUCAAAAGUUUUUGUUAUUGGGACAACAAAUAGACCAGAAAUUUUAGACGCCUCUUUACGCAGAGCUGGGCGUUUUGACAAAGAAAUUUCAAUUGGAAUUCCAGAUUGCCGAUCACGAUUAGAAAUUCUAAAAAUUGCGACAAGAAAAAUGAAUUUGGCAGAAAAUGUUGAUUUAAAACGUUAUGUUGGUGCUGAUUUAUUUGCACUUGUUCGUGAAGCUUCAACAAGAGCUUUAAGUUUUGCUUUUUCAAAAAGCGAAGAAGAGGAAAAACAAAAUUUAAUUUUAAGUAAUAUUCCAAAGAAGAGAACUUUGGAAGAAAUUCGUGAAGAACUUUUUAGAGCUUGUAAUUGUAAUUUUGAAUGGGCUCUUUCAACAGUCCAUCCUUCAGCAAAAAGAGAAGGUUUUGCAACAGUUCCAGAUGUUACUUGGGAAGAUAUUGGUUCAUUAGAGAAAAUAAGAUCAGAAUUAAAUUGGUCAAUAUUGUAUCCAAUCCAGAAGCCAGAAUAUUUUGAACAUUUUGGUUUAAAUGCCCGUCCACAAGGUAUUCUUUUUUGUGGACCUCCUGGUUGUGGAAAAACAAUGCUGGCAAAAGCAGUAGCAAAUGAAACUGGAAUGAGUUUUAUUAGUAUAAAAGGCCCAGAGUUAAUGAGUAUGUAUGUCGGGGAAAGUGAACGAGCUGUUCGGACUGUCUUCCAACGUGCAAGAGAUUCUGCCCCGUGUACUGUUGGAAGUGCUCGAUUAGUUAAUCAAUUAUUAACUGAAAUGGAUGGUUUAGAAGCUAGAAAAGAUGUUUUUCUGAUUGGUGCUACAAAUAGACCUGAUAUAAUCGACCCAGCUAUUUUGAGACCAGGGCGUUUCGAUAAAGUAAUUUUUAUUGACUUUCCAAGUGUUAAGGAGAGGGCGGAUAUUCUUCAUACAAUCACAAAAAAUAAAACAAGACCAAGAAUAUGCCCUUCCGUUUCCUUCGAAAAGAUGGCAGAAAAUCAAGCAAUGGAAUUUUUCACAGGCGCCGAUCUUGUAGCUUUGGUACAUGAGGCAACAUUGAUAGCAUUGAAGGAAAGGAUUGAAUGCAAAAACCUCUCAAUCAAUUCUGUAAUCAGUGAAAACUUUGAGGAAGCGUUAAAGAAAGUCUCGCCCUCCGUGAAAUUCGAGGAUCGCUUAUAUUAUAAGAAAUUAAAGGAAAAGUUUUCAGUUGAAAAUUUUAAGAAAUAA